AUGAGCGACACUCUUGAUACGGAAGACGCAAUUGCAAUGGAAGUAGACAUGCAACAACCUCAGGAUACUCUUACAGAUGGUGGCUCACGGCCGGCGACCAGUCAAGCUUCUCCAAUCUCACCCUCUGACGAUGAAGGGGAAGAGGAAAUAAGUCAGCCUGAGCACCCAAGCGACAAAGAUGACGGACAGGGUGUCCACGGAUUUAGACCUGCAUCGCUGCCUGCACCAGGCGCAUCCUUGACAGCGUCCUACCAGUGGAUAUCGCCCAAACCAACCGCGGUUGGACCAUAUGCCGUCGGUGUAGAUGAAGCUGGUCGCGGACCUGCACUUGGUCCCUUGGUGUAUGGGAUGGCCUUUUGUCCUGUCGCGUUUGUCGACGGGUCGUUGGCGGAGAUGGGGUUCGAUGACUCCAAAACUCUGACGCAUGAGACGCGCGUUGAACUUUUGAAAGCCUUGAGCGAAGAUACCACAAACAUGGGAUGGGCUGUGAGCGUCAUAAGUCCACAGGCCGUCUCGAGCGGGAUGCUCCGCCGACCCCCUGUAAAUUUGAAUACGCAAUCACAAAACGCUACCAUCGCACUUCUCCAGUCCCUUCUAUCAGAACCAUAUGCACUGGACAUAAGCGAAGUCUACGUCGACGCACUCGGUCCCGCAGAGAAAUACCAAGCCUAUCUCCAAUCGCGCUUUCGGACGCUCAAGAUCACUGUCCGCAACAAAGCCGACUCGCUAUACAAGAUUGUUGGCGCGGCGAGUGUCGCUGCUAAAGUUACGCGAGAUUACUUGGUCGAGGGGUGGGUUUGGGAAGAGGCGACGAGAACUGGUUCAAAUGCAACCCGAAACGAGAUAGAUGGCGAAGCUACGUGGGGGAAAGGCACAGAACUCGGCUCAGGUUACCCAUCCGACCCUAAUACGAAAGCCUGGAUCGCAGAGCACCUGGACAAGACGUUUGGGUUUCCAACUAUCGCACGUUUCAGCUGGGCACCCAUCCGAACUGCUAUCGAGAGAGAUGGCCAUAAAGUGCAGUGGUAUGCCUGCAAUGUCACCAUCCAAUCCUCUCAACUCACUUGCCGCCAUAGGAUCGACGAGGGACAGAAGACGCUCAUCAAGUCGUUUGAGAGCGUGUCCGGGAUUGAUAAAGGACGCUCUAUGGUUACAAAGGAGCUCGGAUUAUCAUCUGUAUCAACUCUAUAG